GUGCCGUUUCAGUGCGAGGCUUUAGCUCGCGUUCGGCCGGCGCGCGUGUACCUCCCUCGACUCUGACGACGACGGCGACGACGACUCCGACGACAUACCGGGUUGUGACUUCGACUUCAACUUCGACGACUCCGACGGCGGCGGCGGCGGCGGCGUUCACGUCAUAACAAUUAUAGCAUUAUUUUUUUGACCCCCCCGUCGUCACCAUUGCAGUUAUAUUGUAGUGGCCCAAGUCGUAAUAAUUGGCAGCUAUAAAACGCACAACAUUUGGUUUUAUUAAUGUUCACUGAACUAUAAUGUCCAUACUACCACCCUCGCGUGGAAAAAUUGUAUUCGGACUGGGUAUAGCCUAUUUACUGGUGCAGUUUUUAUAUGUCAGCUAUUACAACGAAACACGCCGCUUCGACAAUCUUAUUACAACUACAACGCAAGAGUACUUCACGUCGACCAACCCUGUGCCAAUAACUCACCUCAAUCUUUCCGGUAUUCAAACUAUGUUUUAUAAUAAUGUUCAAACUAAAGAGACGAAAGACAAAAAUCUUCUUACGCUGUGUCCACAAACUCCACCUGAUUUAAAUGGAACAGUGCGUCUGCUUGUACCUGCUCAGGAAACGUUGGAAGAAGUGGCUCAGCAAUUAUCAUGGCUGAGAGUUUUAGAAGGUGGACAACAAAUGCCUUUAGACUGUCAGGCGAGAUAUAAAAUUGCAAUUAUAGUGCCUUAUAGAAACCGACUAGAUAAUCUCUGCACGUUCCUUUUAAAUAUUCAUCCAUUUUUAACAAAACAACAGUUGGAUUACACUAUCUUUAUCGUAGAACAGUUUGACGAUGGACUGUUUAACCGGGCGAUGUUAAUGAACGUUGGGUUUACAGAAGCAUUAAAGUUACACGAUUUUGACUGUUUCUUUUUCCAUGACGUAGACCUUAUACCAGAGAAUGACAGAAACAUAUACAGCUGUCCCGAUCAACCAAGACACAUGUCAGUAGCCAUUGACAAGUUUCAUUACAGACUGCCAUACUUGGACAUAUUCGGUGGAGUGAUAGGCAUGAACCGAACGCAUUUCCAAAUGGUCAACGGAUUCAGUAACAUAUUCUGGGGAUGGGGUGGCGAAGACGAUGAUAUGGCGCUUCGGGUCAAAGCACACAACCUAAACAUCACCAGAUACCAUCCAAGCGUGGCACGUUACCAUAUGUUACCACAUGCUAAGCAAAUAGCCAACCCAAAAAGGUACGAAAAGUUGUACAGCGGCCGGAAACGUUUCAAAACGGACGGACUUAACAAUCUCGAGUAUCAGGUAAAAGCAUUGAAACAAUUGCCGCUGUUCACAUACUUGUUGGUCGACUUGACCAGUACGCGCAGUUGAUGGACGAUGCUGAUGUGGCGCUGGCCGUUCGGUCAGCAAGCCGCUUAAUGAAACCGUUUAUGCUCUCUCUCAGACACACACUCUCUCUAUUUCUCUCCUCUCUCACCCCUCUCUUAUCUGAAAGUCCCGAGGCAUAUUGUUAUUUUAAAUCGAUUUACAAUGUAAAGUACGUGUAGGUACGUACUAUUUAUAUAUUAUGUAAACAUUUUAUUUCUUUUUAUAUUAUAUUAUAUUAUAUUAUAUUAAACUAUCAGGGUUAUCGUUCCCUGAUUUGGUGCUAAACUAAAACACGUAUUGUUAUUUGCAUACGCUGCACUUGAAUUAUAUAUGUAUGAAACGGGGAGUUGUGUAAGACCGAAUAGAUAUCGCUGGACUCAGGGGGAAAAACCAAAAUCCGGGGUCCCCAUUAUUUUUAUUAUUAUGAUGAUCAUCGUCGCCCCUCGAUUCGCGGACAAUCGACUAGUGCCCGGUGACAACAUUAUUAUACAAUGAAUUUACGUUUGCGAAAAAAAACCGAUCUACCGGACGAAUACGAAACACCGAGACCGCGACCAAACAGAAUAAAAUUUGAAUAAAAUAUAAUAGGCACAAAAGAUACACCGUUGCUGUUAGUUUCAGCCGUUUCAGGGGUGUUUCGAAAGGAUCUCACCGUCGAUUUAUCAUUCAUUAAAAACUGCAAACCAAUCUUACAAAAUUUAAUAACGUAAUUUAGUAGUUACCGUUUCAAAAAACAUUUCGUUCUCUUUCAAGAUACCGGUCACACGUUAGCUCGUUAACAUCAAACAUUGUAUUAUGAUUAUACACAUAUUAUGAUAUAAUAUUGCAUUAUUAUGUGGUUUAUAUUUACUGAAAAAAACAUUUUUUAAUAGGUACCUAUAAAUAUGGGUAGAUAUUAUAGCAAUAUUUGUUUUUUUCUAAAACAUUUUCUCUCAUUUCGUAUUGUAGAUAUUUUACCAGCUAAUAAAUUAUUGAACGUUAUAUUACAGUUAUACACCUUGUAUAUACAACAUACCGUAGGGGUGAGGUUCAUUUUUAUUUCACUAAUCUUACUUUCAUGUAUUCACAACAAUACUUUUGACAUAUUUCAUGAUUUUGGGAUCAACGAAUAGGCAAUAAGUAUUAGGGUAGGCCUAUUUUUGGGUCAAUAUGACUCUGUGAUAUUUAUUAAAUAUUAUAUAUUAUAAUACACACAUUCUCUUUCUUUUUAUUGGUUCAGAAACCGGGCAAUUUUAUCAUUGAAGGGCCGUAUCUGUUAUUUAAGAUAAACGAGACUUGUAGCUUUAUAAAUUCAUUAAUUUAAAAUGGAACUUAUUAAUAACUAUGAUGAUAAAAAUUAUAAUAUAUAUUAUUGUGUACGUAUAUCUGUAUAGUAAUUUAUUAUUGGGUACGUUUACAGUUAGGCGUGUACCUAUUUUUUUUAUUGAUGUGUUUUUUGAAAAUAUUUUUACUAGUUUAUAUAAAUUUAAUAUAUUUAUUUAUAUGUGUUAUAUUGUAAAGGAAACUUUUUAAAAAAUCGACAUUUUGUCAUCCUAUAAUAUUAUAUUAAAAUUAUAUAAUACCCAACGAAUUUUGCGUCCAAAACCCUCAUAUUUCGAGGCUAUCAAAUCUUAUUAAUCCAUACAAGCUAUAUAUUUAUCUGUGCAAAUUACUAAAAUGCUAUAUGUAUAAAACAAUAAUAAAUCUACAAUAUUACAUUAAUUUU